AUGGGAGAUUGGUCCAUCCUCGGCCGCUUCCUAACGGAGGUUCAAAACCAUUCCACAGUCAUUGGCAAAAUAUGGCUGACGAUGCUGCUUAUCUUUCGCAUCUUGCUCGUGGCUCUAGUGGGAGAUGCUGUCUACAGCGACGAGCAGUCCAAGUUCACCUGCAACACCCUGCAGCCUGGAUGCAGUAACGUCUGCUACGACACUUUCGCUCCUGUCUCACACCUGCGUUUUUGGGUGUUUCAGAUAGUUCUAGUGUCCACGCCAUCUAUUUUCUACAUCAUCUAUGUCUUACAGAAAAUCACCAAGAAUGAAAAUCUAGACAUUAAGAAAGAUGAAGUGGUGCGCAGGCCAUCUCUUGCACUUGAGAAAGAUAAAUAUAUUGGUGGGGAUAAGGAGGGAACACUGGAGGCUGACUGCAGGCCUGAUAAUAUUGAAGACUGGAGCUUGCAGGAGGGUGAGUUUGAUGAGAAGAACCACAUAGAGGAGGAAAUGGAAGAAGUGGAGAAAGACCCAACGCAUCUCUCCAACCAAGUACUGCUCAUCUACAUCAUACAUGUUAUGCUGCGAUCUGUCAUGGAGAUAAUCUUCCUUAUUGGCCAGUAUUACUUGUUUGGUUUCGAGGUCCCCCAUCUUUUCCGUUGUGAAACCUACCCUUGCCCCAACCGAACCGACUGCUUUGUAUCUCGGGCCACUGAAAAGACCAUCUUCCUCAACUUCAUGUUCAGCGUCAGCCUGGGGUGCUUCGUCUUGAACAUUGUGGAGCUGCAUUACCUCGGCUGGAUUUAUAUCUUCAGAGUGCUGUUUUCUGCGUGCUUCACGUGCUGUGGCUCAGAUAGGGACGCUGUACAGAGAGUGCAAUUAUAUUCAGACAACAACCCACUCCUGCUUGAACUCAAACAUUCUUUACGUGGAAGGGUCAUCCUACAGGCUGCUACGAGUGAGGCCCCAGUUAUACUGACAGACUCAACAGUACAGUGCUCUUCAAAAAGAAACCCAGAUGAAAAAGAGCACAACAAGGCUAGAUUGUACAAUGUGACCAAAAUAGGCAGAGGCAAAAAAUCAUGGCUGUAG